AAGAAAUGGCGACAGCCAGUCUGUCUGUUCCCCCCAUACACCUGGCUUGAAAUCCGAAUUUCUUUCGCGGUUCAUUCUACCUGUGCAUCGAGUGCGGUAAAGCUGGACCCCUAACAAGGACCGUAAGUCAAAGCUUCUUCAGUUCAAGAAAAAGAGCCAGUCUGCUGCAUCUCGGGAGAAGCCGCCCUCGGCGCGAUACAACGAGACCACCAUGAGAGAUGUCAAGAUGGCGGAGCUCAAGGUAGAAGCUCCCCUGGCGAAGACUGAAGACUGGUCCGAUUUCAGUGAUUUUCAAACGUCCGAAGAUCUGGAAAACUCGAACAAAGACUGUCUGACCCAGCCCAGCCCGCCCGACGUGUUGACCAACGACAAUUCGUUCGUGGAUAAUUUUAGUGAGACGUUUUCGAACUCCUUGGAGGACCUAGUCAAUACGUUCGAUGACAAGAUCACGAAGUGUUUCUGCGAUUACGACGAAAAUGUCGAAAAGCUCGCGCCGGUCCAGAUUCGGACGCAAGAAGAAAUUAUGAGCGAGUGCCAGACAUGGUGGACGAUCACAGGAAACUUCGGAAACAUCCUUCCUAUCGACUGGUCCAAGUCUUACGCCAGGAGGCUCCAGUUGCCGACGCUGAAUCUCAAUGAGCAAGUGAAGUCUGAUGGCCUCAAGGACUUGGGCGACUCGGAUGAUGAAGAAUUGGCCAAAGACCUAGACUUGCACUCUCUCAUCCUGUCCAGCCUGCAGCAGGAGCCCAUCUUCACAGCAGAGCAAGUCCUUGAAGAAAUUGAUGAGAUUAUGCAGGAAAAUUCUACACCCGAUGGCGUGCUGUCUGAUGUCUCUCCAGACAAGUCACCGGAUGAUACCAAAGCUAGAAAUGAAAUUGCUUCCCUUGUAUAUAGCGAAAAACUGAAGACACUGUCCACAGUUGAGCUGAAUGAAGUGUAUGUAGAACUGGAGCGCAUGAUCAGGGAUCACUCGGAGACCUUGAUUCAGGAGCUGGCCUUGCGAGACGAGCUGGAAUUCGAGAAGGAACUCAAGAACACUUUCAUCUCUCUACUGCUGAGUGUGCAGAACAAACGGCGACACUUUGGCAUUGACCGCAAGAAAGGACGGUCACCAAUGGCGAAUGGUGUUGAACCUAAGUAUCUUACAACUGUCAUACCUUACCACAUGGACCAGGGCCCACCGAACAACUCUUCACUACAAGUCCUUAUCAAAAUUCUGCACGCAAUCAAUGACGACAGUCCUACAGUACCAACACUGCUUACGGACUAUAUCUUAAAAGUGCUCUGCCCUACGUGAACAAGCUUGAUGCCAAGUCAGCGAUGGUCAUCAUCCAGGCUUAAAUUAAUUCUCUUUGCUCUUUCCCACUGUAAAUGGAGAGACAGACAAUUGUCAGUUAUCUCUCGUUGAGUCACAAUGUUGGAAUCCUAUAUUUACUAACUGCUCUAUGCCAGAAGGGCGGAGCCUACUUUGCAGCUGAUUUACUUUGCCGUUUGCUUGCACUCUGUUUUCAGGGUACACAUUUUUAGUGCUCUUUUACAACGUCGUUACGUGGUUAAUUCAGGGUUUGAUUUUAGCGAUUUUUAAACCGAUGGUGUCACGUCAUGCAAGAAGAGGAACAGAUUCAUGAUUUCGGGACAAAUUUUAGAGUCUUUUGUUUGCAAGUGACUGAAAAUUACGUGGCUGUGUGUUUUUGUUCAUUUGUGCAAGCAAGUGUUGGCAUUACCAACUUCUUUUCCACUGGAUGGUGAAGAAUUGUUCUGAAUGUUAGCUUUAAUUGUCACACGUCGAUUGAGCUAUUCCCUUUUGAAUGAUUCAUCCUUCUCUCUAGGUCACUUUGGUUUUUUGCAGUGUACAUAUGUAUAAAAUUCUGGUUGGCUAUUUAGAGAGUAGGUGCCUCGGCAUGCUGCGUAGUGGAGAGGAGUAGACAGUUAGGCAGCGGCAGUUGUUGUAGGACUUGCUCACGGGGUUCUUUGGCUGCCCACAUUUAACUCUACGUGCCAAUCGCCAAACAUUUCAAAUGCGGUCAUACUAUAUACUGUGUAUUACGUUGCUGCAUUUUGUUGGCUUGUUUUUGACAGGGAGUGUGCAUUUUAACCUCUCUGACAUUUUGUUGUUGUUGUUGGCUUUUUGAAGAGAUAUUUAUUUACCUCCCAGCAGCUUUCCAUUUUUCAGCAGUGGUUCUUGCAAUGAAAAACAUGUUUUUUAGAAGUAGGCUUGUGCAGCGUAAUCACCGAUAGUACAUGCCACACGUAUACUGAAACAAGCAUAAUCGAGUUUGGAAUGACGAGCAAGGGGCAGAGCUUCACACGAAUUAUAUGGGAUAUUUUGUGUUUUUCCCAACAUGUAUACACGUGAAUGCUACCGUGAUGUAGAUUACAAUCUUGUUCUUGGCAGGCUAAAUUAUUGAUCCCGGCAGAUGUCAACAGGCCCUCCAACACCAGCAAAGUUUGUGGUUUAUUACUCAAAAGCCAGAUCAUCCUCUAUGAUUCAUAUUAAACUAAUGGUUAGUAAUCGGUCUACAUCUCCAUUUUCGUAUGCUUUUGUCCUUGACGGCAUAAAUACUUCCUCACUCAUCUGCUAUCAUGCUUCACCUGCUUCUGUCUCUAGCUAGUCAAUAUUGUCUCUAUGACAUGUACCCUACAUCAAUUCAUCUCACACAAGUUGUGCUGGAAAUAAGCAACAUAGCAAGCGUUCCAGUACAGUAUGAACAGCGUUUGCCGCAUAGUCUGCACCAGGUGCGAAGCUGUGGUCAGUACUUUGAUACUCUGUGACAGGGUUAGGCAACGCCGCAUACCAUACUGCAUUUGCAUGUAAUUACUGUUUUCCAAUUUCUAGUCUAGAUUUGCAACCUUGGCUUGUCUUGUCUAAUAUUUCUUAUCGUAGAUGGAAAAGAAUGACCUUCCAGAAACUCUUUCCUCCAGAUGAGCCACAGCUCAUGUGCAUGCGAUUAUCAAGCACACUAUCAUGAUUCUAUCACUAUCACACUGUCAGCUGCAACUGCUUGUUACAGCAAACCCAGGCUUUAGCCAUAUAAAAAUUUGUGCCACCUGGUGUUGCAGUCAAUAUUACGCAUCCUUUUUUCUAAUUUCGUUGUCCUUCAUUGCUAAGAACCACCAGCUUUCAUAUUUUUGUCCUUUACUACGGUGUUUGGUGUCUCUACGGCGGACACGUUCAAGCAUGUUGCCAUGCCGCGAGCUCGCGAUCUCAUUUCACACUGACGGAACACAAUAAGGCAGGGAGAUAAUGCAAUGAUGCUCUUGUGUUCACCAAUUGUUCAGUCUGUGCUGAAGCACAAAGUGCAAUAGCGAGCAUGGUGAGCGUUAGAUUGUGAGCUGAACAAUUGUGGCUGACUUUGAAGCAGAUCGACGCAGGCACACCUGUAAGCUUAGCUGCUGCUACGAUACAUUGAGGAGAUUAAAUCAACAUUUUUGUCUGUACAUAUAUGCCGUUGUGAUGGUACAUACUAUGAUCUUUAGUGUAUACGCUACACAUGCAGGAACCUACUGUACUUGUGCUAGACAUGCCUGUGUAUUUAGCCCCCCCGUAGACAUGUAGUGAAGCGUUCUUUCUCAAAGUGGAAUGUAACCGUAAAGAUGUUCCCCUUAGCAAGUCGAUAUUACCAAUGCGCAGAGACGGUCACACAUAUUGCCCUAUUGACGUGUCACAAAUGCACGACGUGUGUGCUGUACAGGAGUAGGUAGCUGGAUUUACAUUUCUUGUCUGUGUAAAGUUUGCCUCGUUUACUUUGCAAGAUGUAUAAUAGCUCGCUUGAUGUGAUUGUAUACCGCAGCUUGUCUCUGAGCUUCACGUCAGGCUGUACAGUGUGCACUGCUUUUAAAUUGUGUAGGUUGUAAGCAGCUGCAUGAAUGUACCUGUAGUUCUUCUUUAACUUUUUGUCAGCUGCAGGUUUAAGAGGCAGGUUUUAAAAGUCAUGAGGUCAGCAAGGUAACUACUAAUUCUGUCAUGUGAAGUAGUAUUUGACAUAUUACGUGUUGCUUCUGCGUGAUUUCAGCUAAUCUAAACAAUCCAGUCCGCGGAACUUUUGUCCUAAUAUUUGUACAAAAAAAAAAAAAAGGGUGCAGAACUUGAGUCUGAAGACGAGGACAAACAGCCAUACGCAUUGAAGCAGCUCGUUUCCCGUAGCUGUCAUCUCGGCACAUAACAGAGUGGAGUGACUUCUAUCGUGUAAAUAACGUUGAGAUGGUGAACAAAGAAGCUGUGUGCUCUAUAACACAUAUACUGUCACAGUAUCCUGCAGUUCUACUUAAUCCUGGAACAAAUGUUGUUUGCCACUCAGACAUUGCACAUCUUCGCAUGUUGAAAAAAACCAACAUAAUACAUCUGUUGCUUUCAGUGGCGUAGUGUUGUUGCAUCACAGUGAUAUGUAACUAUAUAGAACAAUACUCGCACAUACCACAAUUCCUUGGAACUACAACUGCUGAAGCUGUCCAGUCAUAAAUGUGCACCACACUUUGGGUAACCAAUUAUCUAGACGCACCCUAUCACAGAAUAAGCCCCGAGCACCUUGAACAGUGAAGGGUAAAAGUGUAGUCCCCAGGAUGUCCUGUGGACAUCCUUGGGCUCAUUAUGAUAGUUCCCAGGCGCAGUAUAUCUCGUGGAACUCAAUGGGACAUCUGGAGGGAUUUGGCAUAAUCAUGUAAAGUGAUAUUUUUGUGCAGGUUGGUUUACAGUGAUGUUUUACGUGGAUCAAGUUUGGGAGGAAAAGUCUGCCUCGGUGAUGUUAUUUUUAUUGCUGGCUUUUGAGCUUGGACAUAGAAAAAGUGAGGCAGACUUUGGCGAGAGCGAGUAGAGCACUGUAUCACAGAUGCUUCGAUGAUCCUUAUAUGUUGUAUUUUCUUCCCUGUUGGUUAGUACAAAUGUUGCUGUAAUUACAGCACGCUUCAUGUGGUUUACCAGCAGCUGAUUUCGGUCACAAAUGGCAAAAUAAAUAAACUUGGACUGUGUUGCCAUUACA